UACAUAUAGAUCAUUCUAUGGGUAGCAUAUUCUGAUAAAGUUGAAAGGUGGUUCCCCUAUUACGAGUAUCAAUAUUUCAAUGUUUUGCUAAUAGUCACAAAUAAACAAACAAUAAGAAUGUUUAAGUCUGCUGUGUCUAUUUUGCAAGAGUUCUCGCAGUUGAAACAUUUACCUUUUCCGGAAUAUAAUACGUUAGAUGUAAUCGGCGAAAGCCCCAAUCAAUCCUUCAAGUGCGAAGUGAGAGUGGAGGAUAAAGUGUUUGUGGGUGUGGGGCGAACCAAAAAGGAUGCAAAGGCCAACUCUGCUGAAAAUGCUUUAAGUUUUUUUAAAAUUUCCAACUCAAAUCCUAGGUCCCACAACAUUGAUGAGAAGAAAGGCCCACAGAUCAAUUAUGUAGGGCAAUUAAAUGAAUUUUCUUCAAUCAACAAGUUUCCACCACCCUCCUAUCUUGAUGACUUAGCUGUUGAAACACAGUUUUCUAUCAAGUGCUGCUUUGCUGGUUUUAAUUCACAAGGGUUGGGCUCUACAAAGAAGAUUGCUAAGCAAAAUGCAGCCAAAAGGAUGAUGAGUUUAGUUACUGGAAACAAGCUUCAGCCAUGUAAGGUUAACAUUCCUAUAAGAGAAGAUGUUAAAAUAGAAAACUAUGAGAAAGUUAUUUCCAAAUAUCUAGAACUUUCAAAAAUAAGUACAAAUAAUAAAAAAAAAAUGGAGAAGUCACUUGAGGAGGAGGUGAUGCAAUUUGCUGAAAUUGAGAUAAAUACCUGGGAUAAAUUAACUGAUGAAUUGACUAAAAGAGGCUUUCCUCAUGAACUUGAACUUAUUCAGUCAAACCCCUUCAUGUAUUCAUUGAAAAUAAAUGAAACGUACAUCUUUAGUUUUGGUGAUGCAAAGCAAAAAGCAAUGCAGAGUCUUAUUUGUCAGACGGUGGAGAUGCUUUUAAAUGGCUUUAAAUUUACAUUGUUCAAUUCAUUUAAUUGAAGAAAAUUGUAAUAACUUGUAAAGUAUUUAAUAGAUAUAUAUUGACAUGUAUAUAAUUAAAUAAAUUUUAUAUAUAUACAAAUAUAGUUUUUAUAUUGAUGUAUAUUAAAUAGUGCUAUUUGACUAGUUUUUGAACUCGAGCUGUAAUUUUUAAAUGUUUAUAUAAUUUAUGUAAUUUAAACUGCUUUCAUACAUAUUAAGAAACAAAAUAAAUGUUGCCUAUAUAGAGAAUAAAACAAAAGCAAUAAAAUAUUUCAGUUUGUUUUCCGUUAUUUUCAAUUGUACUUUAAGUUUAAAAUGAAACACAAGUUAAGAAACUGAAAACCCACCAUUGAGAUAUGCUUGUGUUUGAGAUCCAAGGUGGUCAUAAACUAAGAUAAAAAUAUGCAUAUUUUAUUGUCUAAACUUCAAUAAAUAAAACUAUAAAAUUUAUAAAUGAAAUUAACAAAAAUGAAAUUUCCACAAAAUUUUAGUUCUCAACCACUGAAUCUAAAACUAAAAGCAACAAACAUUAAAAAGCAAAUACAAUUUUUUACCACAAUAAUUACUAAAAGAUUAAAAAAUGAAUAUAUAAUAUGUAAAUAUUUACUAUCUCCAUUGCGCGCCCACGUUCUAAAAACAAAUUAUAGCAUAUAAGUGGGUCAACAAAUAUUCGUCUAUAAAAGAUGAAAACAGAGUUGCACUGGUGAGUCACUUUUUUAAUUUGGCUAAUGGUGUUAAAUUUUCGUUUUUUUUUCACAUUUUGUUCAUAUUAAGGCGUAAUUAAACUGAUGGUGACGUAAAACUAAUACUGAAACAAAAUAUUUCACGAGAAUAAGCAAUGGUGGUGAUAGAGAAAAUGCUCAGAACGAGUUUUUUUGAGUAUUCGGAUGUGUUAAACUCAUGGUACCGAAAUCACCGAAAUCAUUACAUUAAUACUGAAACAAAUUAUUGGGGUUGGACCUCCCCUUUCCCGGGUUUGAAUGUUCCAACCCUGAUGCGAACGGGCGCUGCACUUUAUAAAAGCGGAGCGCCACGCUCGCUAGUCAGUGUGGCGAAAAGACAAACCGAAGCGGGCAAUUAUAAAUAAUCACUGGAUAUAAAUUGUUACUGCAAUUAUUAGUACUGUAUAUAAUAGUUAUAACUUUUUUAACUUACGGGCUUAUUUUUAUUCAUAAAUAUUGAUCAAUUGAGACCUUACGAGUUGUUUCCCAAAUUCAAACCAACUGUAAAACAUAACAAUUUCAACCACUAACGCAUUUAUAUUUAAUCGAGCAAAAAACCACCACACGAAUUUGCAAUAGAUGAAUAACAGGAAAGCGUCAAAACGCAGCUGAAACUUUAUGGAAUAAUGCGGC